AUGUCCUCAAACGAUACGUCGCAAUGUCCUGCGACCGAGCCCGUCUCCAGCUCCGGUCCUGAAGAGUUGCCAACCCCCGAUCCGCCUACCGAUUCAGAUUGCGAAACCAUGGGCUCGGGCCGGCAAUCAACACAAAUUACACAAUCACAAUCGCCUCCUGCAGAAACUUAUCGGCAUCGGGACGUUGCGCCUCGCGAUUUUGUCCGCCUCUUCCAAUGUCAGAUCUGCUCAUUGCCCCUGGACGAGCCCAUCAGCCUUCCAUGUGGCAAGAGCAUGUGUAGGCGUUGCCUACCAAACACCCAUUUGCGCACAAACAUAACGUAUCCUGCUAUUCCCGACCGGCUUCGUGGUUUUCAAUGUCCCUUUGAGGACUGCGGAAAAGAACAUGCUCUCGGGGACUGUUCUGUUGAUGUAGUUCUCAACAAGACGGCCCAGCAUGUGAGGGAAGAGAUUGAGCGCUUCAAAAAUGAGCCAUCAACUACUGAGGUGGCUACCAGGAUCAUGUUACAAGAUCCUUGGGCUGCAGCUGGUAUUGCAGCCAUGAGAGAUGACGAUGACGCCUACUCGAAGGUAAUUCCGGGUGGAAAGGUCAUAGCGACAUAUCGUCUAGCGGAAGAGGGCGAUCUUUCUUAUGAGGCAGAUAUCUCCUACGAUGAGAUCAUGUCGGGAGCAUCUUCACCACCUCUUGAUGUUGAUCCUGAUGACACGGGACUCGUUCGAAAGGCGCAAGACGCUACCCGCGCCGAAAUGGACUGCCAAGUCUGCUAUCAGCUUUUCUACGAUCCACUCACGACCUCUUGCGGGCACACUUUCUGUCGUUCUUGUCUACAUCGCAUCCUAGACCAUUCAAGGUAUUGCCCUAUAUGUCGUCGUCCAUUGGCUAUUAGUCCUCUGCUCAACAAGACUUCAUCUCCAUCCAAUCAGACUAUCAAGCGCAUCAUCGAGACUUUCUGGUUGGAGGAAGUCAACACACGCAAAGAGGCCUUGGACGCCGAACGUGAAGCUCAGAUGCAAGACUAUGACAUGUCACUCUUCAUAUGCACAUUGUCUUUCCCUCAUAUGCCUACUUUCUUGCAUAUUUUCGAACCAAGAUACAAACUCAUGAUUCGGAGAGCUCUCGAAGGGGAUGGCACCUUUGGAAUGGUGAUACCGAAACGACGACAAUAUCCUGGGGACUCUGACUUCCACGAGCUCGGCACACUGCUGCGUAUUGUCAACAUUCAGUUCUACCCUGAUGGCCGGAGUCUGAUAGAAACUGUCGGUCUAUCACGUUUUCGUGUGCUUGAUCAUGGACUUAUUGAUGGAUAUAUGGUUGGCAAAACUGAACGGGUUGAUGAUAUCAGCCUUGAAGACGAGGAAGCUGCCGAGGCCGCUGAGGCAACACCAAUUGAGACUGAAUCACAGCAGGACCCCAUCUCUGCUAUUAACGAUGCAAAAGAACCUACGGAACCAGCAUCAUCGCCUUCGUUGCCACGUUCUGGUUCUUCCAGUCCACACAUUCCAACAUCAUCGGCUGAUGUUGACUCGAUGUCCACACAAAGUCUAAUGCAUUAUGCCUACACCUUCGUGAAUCGAAUGCAGGAACAAAGCGUACCAUGGUUGGCAGAACGUAUGUUGACCAUAUAUGGCGAGUGUCCCGAAGACGCUGCCAUUUUCCCUUGGUGGUUUGCUAGCAUGCUACCCGUCAAAGAUAUCGAGAAAUAUCGACUCCUUGGCACAUCCAGCGUGCGCGAGCGUCUCAAGAUUUGCUGCACGUGGAUUGUGGAAUGGGAAACAUCCCGAUGGUGA